AUGAAGGAGGCCAAAUACACCGCCGUUCCCAAGAACUCGUAUGUGGAAUUGCAAUUGCACAACGACUCUGAAAACCCAGUUUCCUCCCGGAAAGCCCACUCCAAAUUGCACGCCUACGAGGAUGGUGCUAAUGUAGAUCCCCAUUUUCGAAAUGUUCAUAGUUUGGAUGACGACGACGGCGCCGACGACGAUCUGGAUAUCGACGAUUACCCGUUCGUCGUCUCCAAACCGGGGAAUGGGUCUGGAAUUUCCGGGGCCGUUUUCAACCUCACCACAUCAAUUAUCGGCGCUGGGAUCAUGGCAUUGCCUGCUACGAUGAAUGUUCUUGGAUUGGUUGUAGGGGUUGUGCUCAUAUUCCUAAUGGGUCUUCUAUCCGAGGUAAGUGUUGAGCUGCUGAUCAGGUUCUCGGUGCUCUGUAAAGCUUCUUCUUAUGGUGAAGUUGUGCAGUGUGCUUUAGGGAGGACGGCCAAAGUUCUCUCUGAAAUUUGCAUCAUUGUGAACAAUGCAGGGGUUUUGGUUGUGUAUUUGAUAAUCAUAGGGGAUGUUAUGUCUGGUUCUCUUCAUCAUGUUGGGGUUUUUGAUCAAUGGCUUGGACAUGGGGUGUGGGAUCACAGGAGAUUGGUAAUCUUGGUUGUCUUGGUGCUUCUUCUUGCCCCGCUUUGUGCAUUGGACAAGAUUGAUUCUUUGACCUUAACUUCGGCUGCUUCAGUUGCUUUAGCCAUUGUUUUCGUCGUUGUUUGCUUCACCGUUGCAGCCAUUAAGUUGAUUGAAGGCAAAAUUGAACCACCUAAGAUGGUCCCUGAUUUUAGCUCGGAAAAAUCCAUUCUGGAUCUCCUAGUGGUGAUUCCUAUCAUGGCAAAUGCAUAUGUUUGCCAUUUCAAUGUUCAGCCGAUAUAUAAUGAACUCGAAGGGCGGACGCCUCAGAAGAUGUACCGGGUUGGGAGGAUCACAACCGUUCUAUGUGUUGCAGUCUAUGCUUGUACUGCAAUAUCAGGUUAUUUGCUUUUUGGAUCAGGAACAGAAUCUGAUGUCUUGACCAAUUUUGAUGAGGACCUUGGGGUUCCUUUCAGCACUGCUUUGGAUUACAUAGUUAGAGUUGGGUAUAUUCUUCAUUUGGUUCUUGUUUUCCCUGUGCUUCAUUUCUCACUGAGACAAACUGUGAAUGACUUGGUAUUUGAGGGGUCAGCUCCAUUGACAGAGAGUAGGAAGAGGUGCUUGGCAAUGACAGUUGUUCUACUUGGGUUGAUUUAUCUCGGUUCGACGAUGAUCCCAAACAUUUGGACGGCCUUCAAGUUCACAGGGGCAACGACAGCUGUUUCACUGGGUUUUACAUUUCCAGCUCUGGUUGCAUUGAAGCUAGGGCAAAGAGGAGCAGAAUGUUUGACCCUGAAAGAGAAGUUUCUAGCAUGGCUGAUGCUGGUGCUUGCUAUCAUAGUUAGCAUUGCUGGAGUUGUUGGAAACAUAUAUAGCCUGGAAAGCAAAUCGGACUAA